UGCUGCUGCUGCUGCUGCAGGCUGAGAAACAAACAGGAAGGUGUGUGUACGCAGCGGCGGUUGAGCCCAAAACGAGUCAGACUCAGCAGCUUACCUCCUCUGAUGUGGAUGACGGCGAGUGUGUGAGAGGCAGCUCUGACAUGCCUUAAGGGGGAUUAUUAAUGUCUCAGCACAUCAGAAUGGAUUUCCAUCAGAGGGCCGCUCUGGAUAUCUCCACCAAGAACCCUCAGGACGACUUCGAGAUUCUGCUGCGAGUCGGAGGGGGAACCUACGGAGAAGUCUACAAGGCCCGCAACAAGCAGAAUGGAGAGCUGGCGGCUAUUAAAGUUAUCAAGAUGGAGCCAGAAGACGAUUUCUCCAUCAUCCAGCAGGAAAUCGUCAUCGUCAAGAGCUGCAAGCAUCCCAACAUCGUGGCGUAUUACGGCAGCUACAUACGAGCCAAUAAACUCUGGAUCUGCAUGGAGUUCUGUGGCGGCGGGUCCCUCCAGGACAUCUACCACGUGACCGGCUCUCUGUCUGAGCCACAGAUCGCCUACGUCUGCAGGGAGAUGCUGCAGGGCCUGGACUAUCUGCACGCACAGAAGAAAAUCCACAGAGAUAUCAAGGGUGCCAACAUCCUCCUGAAUGAUCAGGGCGAGGUCAAACUGGCUGACUUUGGGAUCUCGGCUCAGAUCACAGCCACUCUGGCUCGGAGGAUGUCCUUCAUCGGGACGCCGUACUGGAUGGCGCCAGAGGUAGCAGCUGUGGAGAUUAAAGGCGGCUACAACGAGCUGUGUGACGUCUGGUCAGUGGGAAUCACGGCCAUCGAGCUGGCAGAGCUGCAGCCGCCCCUGUUUGACGUUCACCCGCUGCGCGUUCUGUUCCUCAUGUCCAAGAGCGGAUACCAGCCCCCGAAACUGAAGGACAAAUCCAAAUGGUCGUCCAACUUCUACAACUUUGUGAAAGCCAUGUUGGUGAGGAAUCCCAAGAAGAGACCCAGCGCCGCCAAGAUGCUCUCACAUCCGUUUCUGACCCAGCAGUGUCUGAACCAGGAACUGACUCUGGAUCUGCUGGACAAGUUCAAGAAUCCUGAGAAACACAAGAGCUGCGUGUCGACGGAGGACGACGACAUGGAGGUGGCGCCUCCUGCGUCGCUAAGAAGAAUCCAGUCUAUCAACAAACACAACCGGGCCGAGAGGACCAACUCCGACAUCAGCUUCGAACAGAUUUACACCCAGAGGCCGAUGAAGACCGGAUCACCAAACGUAACGUUAACGCCGUCAUCAGGAUCAACAGGCAGCAUCAACAGCCCAUCCAGGGAUCAGGACUCGGACUCGGACGACUACGAUGACGUGGACAUACCGACGAUGCAGCCCUCAUGUCUCAUAAUGCCAGAAGACGAAACUCCUCCUCCGCUUCCUCCAAAGCCCAAAGCCCGGACCAGCUCGGAGGAGAGCAUGGCGUCAGAGGACGACCGGUCGAGGAAACACGGAUCCCUGUGUCCCCCUGCGCCCGCCCCGCUCAUACGGACCUCCAGCGGGACGCACGUCCGACCCACGCCGCACCCACGGGCGUCACGACACUCAGACCCUCCAUCGUUACCGACCCAGAUCCAAAACAUCCCAGCUGACCCGGUUCCUCCAGAACUUCCUCCUAAAGAUUUCAGAAGACGGAAACCGAUAUCAAAGGAUCUCCCAGAAUGCCCCAGCCCCGUAUUGAAGAAACCUCCUGUCUAUUUUAAAAAGAUUUUCCACGGCUGCCCUCUGAAAAUAAACUGCUCCACAACCUGGGAAAACCCGACGUCCAAAGAGCAGCACCUGAUCAUGGGGGCCGAGGAGGGGAUCUACACCCUGAACCUCAACGGCUCCGAGGCGACCAUGGAGCUGUUGUAUCCUGGGAAAUGCUCCUGGGUUUACACCAUUAACAACGUCCUCAUGUCUGUGUCAGGUAAAUCGUCGCAGCUUCAUUCACACUCACUAAAAGAAUUAUACGAACAGGCCAGGAAAGACCAGCGGAUGGUUCCCUUAUCGACUCACAGGCUGUUGUCAAGAAAAUGUCCGGUGACGAGCAAAAUACCGGAUACCAAGGGCUGCAAGACCUGCGCAGUCGGGGGAAACCUGUUCCUCUGCUGCGCUCUGGACUCUAGCGUGGUUCUGCUGCAGUGGUACGAGCCGAUGCACAAGUUCAUGCUAAUCAAGCACUUUGACUUCCCGCUGCCCAGCCCCCUGCGGGUGUUUGAGAUGGUGGUGCCGCCGCUGCAGGAGUACCCCAUGGUGUGCAUCGGUGUGUCGCGCGGCUGCAGCCCCAGCACACCGGUCAGCGUGGAAUACAUCAACCUGAACUCCAACACGUCCUGGUUCUUCAGCUCCGGCAUGGAGAAACCUUGUCCCGACGUCGUCCAGGUCAACCAGCUGGACGGAAACUCGCUGUUGGUGCUCAUGGAGCGGUCGGUUCAAGUCGUCAACCUGGAAGGAGAGCUGAAGACGAACCGACAUCCACCUCAGGAAACCAUUUUCUCUCAUGACGUUGAAUCUAUAGUGUAUUUUGAAGACACACUUUUGGCUGUUUGGCGUCACGGCUGGCAGAGGAGAACGAAAAGUUUCACUGAGGUUCUGGACGAAAUGACGGAUCACAGGAAGAUCUACAGGAUGGUGAAGUCAGACAGGAUGGUGGUGCUGGAGACGCGUCAGGUCGAGGACCAGCUCGGACUCUCCAACCUUUAUCUUCUGGAAGUCGCUGAGAACUACGUCCUGCUGCCCUGACCCUCCGCCGCAGCGACUUCCUGUUUCCCAGAAAUCACCUGGAAAUAAAAAACAGACAAAAAACAGCAGGCAGAACAUUUGUUGAACAUUUGCUGCGACUGUCCCAGUAUCUUAUCUUGAGGCAGAGGAGGAAGUGACGACACGAGGAGCUCUUCUCCCUCGGUCAGAGGGAGCCUGCUCUUUAUUUAUGCUCUUUUCCACUCUGAGACGCCAGAGUACUGAGAAAACCCUGAAACCGAGAGAAGGAAGGUCCCACUGCAGCCUCCUUCCUGCACAGUGUUAUUGAUCACAGCCUGCAGGGACUGACAAAAUGGCUUCCAUACGUUUCCACAAACAAGCUGCUGUGCUGCGUUGUGUGACCUGAGCUUGUGUGUCAGUGUUGCAUCGUGUGUGUGUGUUACUGCCGUUACACUCUAAUAAAGGUAAAUAACACAACA